CUUCCAUAAAGAACCUCAAGAAGUGAUAUAAAACGUUAGCCCAAAAUAAGUCCUAGCCUUUUUUUUUGCUUCUGUUCUGAUUUGUUUUUAUUUUUUAUUGACUAUGGGAAGUGUACAGUUGAAUGGUUCAGGCUUAGUAGCUUCUCUAUCUCCAACUCAUAUCUUUAGCCACAAAACCAAACUUAGUAACCCAAAGCCGUUCUUCUUACGCUCAAAACACAAUGCCACCAGAGUCAAGACCAUUCGAGCCAUAAGCACCGCACCAGCGAGCCAGCCUCCAGCCGCAGAUGAGCAGGAUGAUGAACCUCCUGCUGUCGAUUUUGCGUUCGUCCAUUCGGUGUUGUUACCGGACGGGACACCAGACGUGCAUUGGAGAAGAGCGUGCGGUGGACAGAAACUUAGAGACAUAAUGUUGGAUUCUAACAUCGAACUCUAUGGUCCUUACAGUAAGCCCUUGUCAAACUGCGCAGGAGUAGGAACUUGCGCUACCUGCAUGGUCGAGAUUGUAAAUGGAAAAGAGCUUCUAAAUCCACGAACUGACAUCGAGAAGGAGAAACUAAAAAGGAAACCAAAAAAUUGGAGACUCGCUUGUCAAACCAACGUGGGCAACCCAGAUUCAACUGGAUUGGUCGUCAUACAACAACUGCCAGAGUGGAAAGCUCAUGAAUGGAACAUCCCUAGGAAUCUACCUAUUGAUGAUCCCGAAACUUCUACGUGAAAUGAUUAAUUUGUAUUAUUAUUAUACUGUAUAUCAUGAAAAUGUAACGUUUUGUUUGUUUUUAUAUAUGUCGAUAAUUAGUCCUAAAA